AUCCAAAUCACGUUGAUAUAUUGAACUAGCAAGCACGACUAGUCCACCUUCCAAUCGAUCCACGUGUAGUACAGUCUGGCUUGUAUAAACAAUAUAAAUCGUCUUCCACGCUUGACAUUUUUUAAACAUUUGCAUCGGUAUAAAGAAACCCCCUGAUAUGGGUUUGGUGAAUUAGACAAAAAAAAAUAUGAGUCAAGGCUGUGAUCUCUCUGUUCUGGAAGAGCUAACGUCAAAUGCGAAGCAAAUACAAGAUGAUGUAUUGAACAAGAUACUCAAAGCUAACGCAAACACAGAGUACCUCAGCCGUUUUCUCGAGGGGAGCUCCGACAAAGAGCUGUUCAAGAAGAACGUACCAGUGGUCAGCUACGAAGAUGUUAAGCCUUAUAUCGACCGUGUCGCAAACGGAGAACCCUCGGAUAUACUUUCGGGUGAACCCAUUACUGCGUUUACCCUAAGCUCUGGAACUUCAAGUGGGAAUCCAAAGAUAUUUCCAGCGACCGACAAUUUUGAGAAUAUUAAAUCCGCCGGUGCCCUAAACUCUCUCAUUAUGUCCAAGCAUGUAGCUGGCUAUAAUCAAGGAAAGGUGAUGAUCUUUAGGUUCACUCAUCCGAUAUCCACAACUCCUUGUGGUUUGCCUCUUGCUUCCGUUGUUACAAUCUUGAUGAAGAGCAAACAUUUUUUGAGUAUGGAAAAACGUAGUACAAUCCCGAAAGAGAUCAUACGGUGUCCGGAUAAGAAACAGAGUAUGUAUUGUCAACUUCUAUUUGGUCUUGUCCAGAGAGACGAGGUUGUAAGUGUGGGUGCUUCGUUCCCCUCUGUCUUGGUUCAAUUAAUCAAUUUUCUUGAAAAGUACUGGAAAGAGUUGGCUAGAAAUAUCAGGUCCGGUCAUCUCAGCGAGUGGAUCACCGACCUUAGUUGUAGAGAUUCUGUCUCUAUCAUCCUUGGAGAACCAAAUCCUGAACUGGCAGAUUUAAUCAAAAAAGAAUGCACCGGACAAGAAUCUUGGCAAGGUAUCAUUACACGACUUUGGCCCAAGACCAAAUGCAUUGAAACCAUUGUUACAGGAACUUUGGCUCAAUACAUCCCAGUACUAGAGUUUUACUCUAACAAACUGCCUCUAGUUUCCAAAAAUUAUGCAUCCUCCGAAACAUUUUUCGGGAUAAAUCUGAAUCCUCUAAGCAAACCGGAACAUGUGUCCUACACAUUUCUACCCAACAUGGCAUAUUUCGAGUUCAUAGAUGUUGGUGUGGAUGGAGGAACUGAGGGCGAGAUUGUUGAUCUUGUGGAUGUGAAGUUAGGUCACUACUAUGAGCCAUUGGUCACAAACUAUUAUGGUUUACACAGAUGUAGAGUGGGAGAUGUUUUACAGGUCACUGGAUUUUACAAUAAGGCACCUCAAUUCAGAUUCGUACGUAGAAAAAAUACGGUUCUGAGUAUCUACGUAGAAUCAACGACUGAAGAAGAUCUUUUGAAGGCGUUGGCUCGUGCGGCAGUCGUUCUUGAAUCUUCGGAUUUAAUCAUGACGGGUUUCACAUGCUAUGCUGAUAUAUCCACUGUACCGGGUCACUACGUUUUUUACUUGGAACUCAAAGCCAAAGUCAACAGUGGCACCAACGUUCUACUACUUGAUAACAAGGUGUUGGUGGAGUAUUGUUGUGUCAUGGAGGAAUCAUUGAGUAGUAGUUAUAGAACCCUUAGGAGACAAGAUGGAUUGAUUGGAGCUCUAGAGGUAAGGAUUGUGCAAAAAGGAACGUUUGAUUCUCUCAUGGAGUUUUUUGUCUCCCGAGGUGCUUCUAUAACUCAAUACAAGACACCUAUAUGCAUAAACUCUGUUGAGGCUUUAAAGGUUCUUGAAGACAAGGUUCUUGCUCGGUUCUUCAGCGACAAAUCCCCUCCUAUCUGAUCCAGAUAUGAUCUGUAUGGAUAUGAUGAUGAUCCUUGCAGAAUAAUGAAGUAACAAACUUAUUUGGAGUAAUUUGUGGUUAAGUGUGUGUGAUUGAUGCUUUUCCCCCUGUUCUGUUACAAAAAGUCAUUGUCAAAUCGUGUGGGCAAUACAUAAGUGAAACAGUUUGUUUGUCAACAAAUAAAUGAUUGUUACCAAAGUCAAAGAAAUAAGGCAGCCGUAUAUGUUGAAAAUAUAAAAGGGUGUGGGGCCCGCUGCACUAUUUGCACGGUAAAUUUCUCUUAUAUAUAUAUGAACGUUUUCGUUCGUUGUAAAACACACAUCGACCUUCUCUUCUCCCUCUAAUAAACACUCUCUAUCAGUGUUAUAAAUUCUACGGGUAUAAAAUUUUGCCCUUAUUUAAAUUUUUGCGAUACAAUAAAAUACAAGUUCUUUUCAUAACACGUUAUCAGCAGGAUCACUCUGCGAUUCGGUAAAAUUUAUUUGUAUCAUUUAUACCAUGUUAUAAUGGUCGGUAUACCGCCUCUACUAUUAUUUAUAUUAUGU